CUGAGAUGAAGUCUGUAUGAAGGAAAAGCUCUGUUAGUGUGUUUCAACUGUUUCUUCUUGUUUGUCAGUAAUCUGGGUUAGUUCGCUUUGUUUGAUGGGUCAUAAUUCUCUUCAAGUUUGCAUGGAUUCAUCUGACUGGCUUCAGGGCUCGAUUCACGAGGACCAGUCUCCGAUGGAAUCCUCGUCACCACUCUCCGGCGACAUCUUAACAUGCUCAAGGCCCUUGAUAGAGAGAAGGCUGAGGCCACCGCAUGACCAAUCCCUCAAGUGUCCUAGGUGCGACUCCACCCACACCAAGUUCUGUUACUACAAUAAUUACAGCCUCUCUCAGCCUAGGUACUUUUGCAAGACCUGUAGAAGGUACUGGACCAAAGGAGGUACACUCAGGAACAUUCCAGUUGGCGGUGGUUGUAGGAAGAACAAGAAGGUUGCUUCGAAGAAACAAAAUGAAGACCACAGUCCCUCGAUGAACCCUAACCAUCUCGGUUCGUCAUCUACGUCUUCUCAUCACAACCGUACUGAUCUCCAGCUCUCGUUCCCGGACCAGAUGCAGUUUUCACAUCUGAAUAACUUGAUGCUUGGGGCUCAAGGGACAGGAAACCCUAGUUUCAUGGAUGGCAGGUACGGGAACAUUAACGGUAUGCUUGAGAAUUCCAACCAGUUGAGGCCAAUUGAUUUCAUGGAGAGUAAGUUGGAAGCUAUAGUGGGAAAUGCUAGGAACUAUGAUUUCAUGGGUGGUGGUGGUGAUAGUCUGGGUAUAGUAGGUGGCCUUAGCAAUAUGGGGGGUGGUGCUCAUGGAUUAGAAUCUGCUGGCUUCCAUGGUUUUUGCUCUAGUCCAUUUGGAUCGAUGUCUCUUGAUCAUCAAGGGAAUAACAAUGGGAAUAAUUUCAUGGAGAAUUGCCAGAGGUUAAUGUUGCCAUAUGAAGCAAAUGAGAAUCAUCAGCAUCAUCAAAAUGAAAUCCAUGAUGUGAAGCCUAACACUAAGCUCUUGUCUCUUGAGUGGCAAGAACAAGGCUGCUCCGACGCCGGAAAAGAAUCAUCAUAUGGUUACCUCAAUGCUCUUGGAUCAUGGACAGGCGUGAUGAACAACUUCGGGCCGUCGGCGACGAACUCAUUAGUCUAAUGAAAUUACUAA